GUAUGAAAACGAACGAAUAGACUGGAUAGACCGAGUAGUUAUUAUUGAACUGUUAAACAUUAUUUCGUCUAUUUGGAAAUCCUGACGAAAUAUUCCUCCUUAGGUUUGGUUGGAACUAUCAGAGCAUUUAUCAGUUUAUUAUUGGUCUCCGAAAUAUUUAACAUGUUUCGACCAGUUUGCACAAUUGGUCAGAGAAUCUCAUUUGAGAAAAAAUCCAAGGAAUUUAUCAGGAAUAAGGUGGUCCGGCCUGCUUCUUUCCUAAAACCUGUGGAAAAGAUCAAACUUUACAACAAGGAGAAUAAAGAGUUAUUUGGGCCUUUGUUAGAAACUAGUAAGCAGAAGAAACAGCGCUUGCAGAAGUCGGCUAAAAAUAGUGUAUCACAUCAAAACAACGGCGCAAACGCUACAAACGAAAAUAAAUUGAAAUUCUUAGGAAGUACAGACAGAAAUGAAAUUGGACAGUGUAAGACACUGACUGGAUAUUUGAGGUACAAUCCAGUGCUGGCUGUGAAUGUGUUGAAGAACAAAAUGUGGCAAAAUACUAGGCACUGUGUGAAUUUCGUAGGCGUUGUGUUGAAUAAUACAGUAGUUAGGAGUUUAGCUACAUCUGCAUCAUGUAAUGCAGUCCGUAGCUCUCCAGCACAGCCUGGCUAUGUGAGUGAAGACAAAAUCCUUCAGAUCAAACAUCACAAGAAUGAUUAUGCUGAACAGUUCCCAUCUGUGACCUUAAUAUUAAAUAAAACAAUGACAGAGGAGUCUAGGGCAGCAUUGGAGAAAUGGAAGCAGGAAAAGAUUGCUGAGAUGGGAUUGGAUGAAUUCAACAAAUAUUAUACAGCUCAAAUGGCCUCCGGUACGAAAUUCCACAGUACUUUGAAAAACUACUUCACACAGCCUCAAACUCAGCUUCGUAUAGAAAAGGAUGUUGAAGGUGUGUGGGUGUCUGUAUCAGAUGUAUUGAAGAACAUAUCAGCACCGAAAGCAAUAGAAUCCAAUGUCUGCCAUCCUGUAUUGAAGUAUAGAGGAAUAUUUGAUGCCAUCGCUGAUUACGAAGAAAAGCCGACCCUUAUUGAAUGGAAGAAGUCAGACAGGCCACGCAAGUCUUUAGCAAACACUUACGACAAUCCCGUUCAACUGGCAGCGUACUUCGGUGCAAUUUGUCACGACUUAAAUUACAAGCAUUUCAACGUCAGAGACGCUCUCCUCGUCAUUGCCUACACUGACGGAUCUAAGGCUGAUGUAUUCCAUCUAUCUACGGAUAAACUCAGGGAACAUUGGGCCCAGUGGCUCAUACGACUUGAAGAAUAUACGAAGAACUACGGUAACAAUUCGGAAAAGAUGUUAAAAGGCGGUAAACGGGUGUUCGAAGAGGAUAUCGGGAAUCUCCAGUAAUUAACGUGGAGGUCUGCACAAGACACCGAGGAUCAAGAAUAUAUUUAUCUUAAAGUGUCAAGAUUUGAUCAAACAAAACCGCCUUAUACGCGUGUUACAAUAAAUUGCACAUACAAAGGCAUAUUAUAAGUAACAUUCACCCAAGUGCAAGAAGCUUAGAAAUUUUCAAUUUGUGUAAAACAUUGUGUGAAAAGUAACAGUAUACAGAGAAAACUUCGCUUCCGUUUGAACAAUGAUUUUUGUACGAAUGUUGACGUGUGUUAUAGAAAAAGAAAUUGUUGAAUGUAGACAUUGAUUUCAGACUGUUGAUGAACAUAUUUAAAAUAAAAAUCCGAUUAUAAAAUAGCCAAACGAUUCGAAAAAGUUCAAUCUAAGCAGGAUUUAUUACCACGAAGGUGACGAACAAGAGGAUAUGUUUACAUCGUUAAAUUAUAAAUAACGCGGAAAAUAUCACAACGGAUUUAAAACUCGUGCCGAAUGCAUAGGUCUUCACUUCACACGUUUAUUCCCGUCGCACCAUAAUAAUCUGAUUUGCAAUAUUGAUCGAUUGUUUCUAAAUAUAACAUGCAAAUCAAACGGAGUACCGAGAUUAUUUAGUAAGGUUUCACUUAGACAUUUAAUCAAUCAUCUCAGUCUGCUGCACACCUACAAAUCAAACCGAAUAUCUCAAUUUAUAAGUUUAAAAAUAAUAGUUUCGUCAAACUGUGUUUGGGAAUAGGCUACUGCUCAUUCCUCUGGGUUUUUGUCCCCUGAGUAGCAUUUUACCAUAACCAGAUCGGAGAAGGAGUUUGAAUUCUCCGAAAUCCCAUCUAUUUCAUACGUUUGUUCUGGCGCAAAUGGCAAGAAACCUUAUAUAGAGCAAUGUACGGGAGUUGACAUGAUUUCAGGACCGUUUCGUUUGGAUGGACAUGUGACAUAGUUGGCAAUGUGCCUGCUCUUACCUAAUCUUUGUGAACUGUGGAUAUGGUCAGGGAUUUUUACAGCUCACAUACGAAUUUAAGACAAUGUAUAAGAUCAAUAGUUUGAAAUCAUUCGUGUGUUAAGUAAUUUGGCUAGAUGCGGUUGAACUGAGAAUAUGAUGAGUAAAUAGUUAAAAUUGUUUGUCGACAAAACAUCUAAUACUGUGUCUUAAAAGUAUAAGAAUUAUUAUGGACUUCGGACUUGCUAUGUC